AUGGUACGAGGCGUUGCUCUUGUUCGGGGUGACUCGAAAAUCACCGGGGUAGUAAGCUUUGAGCAAAUCGAUGAGAACUUUCCUACCACUAUUUCCUGGAAUCUUACAGGAAACGAUGCCAAUGCCGAGCGUGGAUUUCAUAUCCAUCAGUUUGGUGACAACACCAACGGCUGUACAUCUGCUGGCCCCCAUUACAACCCCUUCGGUAGAGCCCAUGGUGGACCAGGCGACACUGAACGUCAUGUCGGCGACUUAGGAAACUUCAAGACCGAUGCUGCUGGAAAUUCCAAGGGGACAAUGAAGGACCACCUCGUCAAGUUGAUUGGCCUGGAAAGUGUGCUUGGUUCAUUCACGCUGGUACAGAUGACUUGGGCAAAGGCCAUAACGCAGAAUCUAAAAGAACGGGCAAUGCAGGACCUCGUCCUUUUUGUGGCGUAA